GUACUCGCACACCAUUGGUCAAGCCGAGAGGUUGGAGGUCAAUAUGUAAAUAUCCAACAUGGCGGCGCCCGUGGAUGACAUGUUUUCUCGCUGCGUGGAUCCUGCCAAAGCCAGUAAUAGCGUGGAGGCUCGAUUUAUCGAUAAAGUCAAGGGCAAAGGAUUAUUCGCCAAAAGACCUUUCAAGAAGGGUGACACUAUUUUCAUCGAGCAGCCUCUGGUCUCAUCUCAGUUCUUGUGGAAUGCUUUGUACAAAUACAGAGCGUGUGAGCACUGUCUGCGUGCUCUGGAGACAGCGGAGGAGAACGCCAGACGCUUGAGCGGUCUUUCAGCUCUCAGUCUGCCUCAUCCGGAGCUGUGUAAAGUGCGUCCGGACCGACACCAGGCCUGUCCUCACUGUCAGGUGAUGUACUGUAGUGCUGAGUGCCGGCAGGCUGCAUGGGAGCAGUAUCACCGGCUCCUGUGUCUCGGCUCGUCUCAUCAGGAUCCUGAUCAUCCGCUCAACAAGCUGCAGGACGCCUGGCGGAGCAUGCACUACCCUCCGGAAACAUCUAGUAUCAUGAUAAUGGCAAAGAUGGUGGCCAGCAUCAAGCAGGCUCAAGAUAAGGAGCGCUGGCAGAGGUUGUUCUCUCAUUUCUGCAGUCGCUCCGCAAACGAAGAGGAGGAAAUAGUUCAUAAAUUGCUAGGAGAGAAGUUUCAGGGACAGCUGUCUUUGCUGCGAAAUCUCUUCUCCACCGCGCUGUACGAGGAUCGACUCAGUCAGUGGUUCACUCCGGAAGGCUUUCGCUCUCUGUUUGCCCUCGUCGGGACCAACGGUCAGGGUAUUGGCACCAGUUCUCUGAGUCAGUGGGUUCAUGCGUGUGACGCGCUGGAGCUUCCCGGCCAGCAGAGGGAGCAACUGGACGCUUUCAUCGACCAGCUGUACAAGGACAUCGACAAAGAAACCGGCGAUUUCCUCAACUGCGAGGGCUCUGGUCUUUUCCUGCUGCAGAGCUCUUGUAACCACAGCUGCGUUCCCAACGCCGAGGCGUCUUUCCCCGACAAUAACUUCCUCCUCCACCUCAACGCUCUCAGUGACAUCGGCCCUGGAGAGGAGAUCUGUAUCAGCUACCUGGACGUCUGCCAGCGAGAGCGCAGUCGCCACAGCCGGCACAAGAUCUUGAGGGAGAAUUACUUAUUCGUCUGUUCCUGUCAGAAGUGCAUGUCCCAGGUGCAGGAAGCGGAUAUGACAUCAGAGGAGGAGGAAGAGGAGGAGGAGGAAGGUGAAGCGGAGGGAGACGACAUGGAGGAUGAAAUGACAGAUGUGUAAUCAUCUACAGCAGAUAUCACACUUACAGUAGCAGUACGGUUCACUGUCUGGCUGUUCUAACCCUAAUAUCGAAGCCUAUGCAAAAUAGAAGUGCGCUGUUUUUAUCAUGUGCUCUUUCGGUCAUGAUUUCUACCAUGCAAUGGGUUGAAGUAGCUCUAAACACACAUGCAUUCAAAAAAAAACUGAUCGUGCAUGAAACAUGAUCUGUCUGUGCACUGAUGGGUUGGUUGUGUUAUAUAAUUCAUCACAUGUUUUAUCACAUCUCAGAAACUGUACUAUCAUCAGAUCGAGAGGAAAAAGUGACCCAUGUUGCUGUAAUGUGACGGAAAAGAAAUGAAUAAGAAAUCAAAUCUGA